CACACACACACACACACACACACACAAAGACACAACACAUGAUGAUGCAGGCUUUUCUUCACUCCAGUUACGCCACAACCAAAAGGCGUUGAUCUCUCUCUCUCUCUCUCUCUUAUACACAUUCGUCUUCAAAGCAAAGAAGCGAUUCUGAUUCAACAACAAACGCACACAGAUACUUGCCUUCAGUUGAUCAUCCUCCUGAUGGGUUUUUGUUGAAUAUUGCCAAUUCGAGAGGUGUAUGAUGCUUUGAAGCGGUUUCAGUAAAUGGCAGGGGAAAUCCAAGAGCCCUUUCGGUUAAGUUUUCAGGCUGACCUCCUGCACUCUGGUUCAAUCUCAUUUGGAAGAUUUGAAUCUGAAUCAUUAUCUUGGGAAAGAAGAUCAAUUUUUUCUCACAAUAGAUACCUUGAAGAGGUUGAGAAAUACUCAAAACCAGGUUCAGUUACAGAGAAGAAGGCAUAUUUCGAGGCUCAGUUUAGAAGAAAAGCUCUUUUGAAGCAAAGUUCUUCUGAAUCCCAAGAUGGAGGAGACUUCCCAACAAGCGGAAACAACAACCUCCAUGAGUUAGAAGAAUCUUGUAAUGGCAAUGAGAGUUCUUCCACUUCUGAUCCUUCUGAAUACACUAAAGAAACCCCAAUUCAACACCAUGAAAAUGGAAAAGAUGUUGAAGCUUUAUAUGAUGAGAAUGGCAAUGGAGGAUUGGAUCUUGCAUGCUUUGAUGAGAUCCCACAUAAUUCAAGAUGCGAUGAAGAUACAAUUAGUCAAGAAUGUGAAAGUCAAAAUUGUGAAUUUCUUCCUGUUGUCAAUAUGAUCGAUUGUCAUGUGAGUGUUCAUGAACAUGUGAAGAUUGAUGGGACACAUGGGAGUGAAACUGAGAACAUAGUGGAAAUUACUGAAGAAAUAGUUGUGGAUGUGGCAUCAGAAAUGACUGAUUCGCCCCUUACUCAUCAAACACUUGAGAAAGAUGAUGAUAACACUAGCACCAGAGUGACUGAACCUAUCAGAACAUUUUCUCCCAAGGUUAAGCAUGCAUCAGAAAAGAAACUUACAAGGGCAACACUAAAGACUCAACCAAACAUUGAUCGGUUUCAAAAACACAUGUCUAAUGAAGCAUCCAAAGGUUCAAUGAAACCUCAAACAAGUGGAAGCAAAGGUUUAGUAAAGAAACCAGAAAAGAAGUCACCAAGACCUUCUAGUCCCUUACCUUGUUCAGGGGUUACAAGAUCUGAAAAAGAAGUCAAACCUCAGUCUUCAUUAUUAAAGAAGUCGCUUCCUACUGUUAACAGGCCAAAACAGAGUAUUAGUUCAAGCAAAUCACAGGUCAAUGUCACUCAGAGUUGUGCAGGUUUCAGUUUAAAAACUGAUCAACGAGCAGAAAAUAGGAAAGAGUUCUAUAUGAAAAUUGCGGAGAAAAUGCAUGCUAAAGAAGCUGAGAUUAACCAAGUUGAAGCAAAAACACUGGAAAAACAAGCAGUUGAAAUAAAGCAAUUUAGAAAAAGUCUCAACUUCAAAGCAAAACCAAUGCCUUCUUUCUACAAUGGUUCAGAUCAACACAAGGUCACACCCAAUCAAACGCGACCCCGUUCAAAUUCAGUCAAAUCCUCUGUUCCAUUGGACAUAAGACCGAGUUGUUCGAAUUUAGCGACCAAUAGGAUUGGUAUUUCGGAAAGUGUCGCGAAAAGUCGUGUAGAGAAGAAAAACGAUGUAAGUGUAAAGAAACAAAACAAGCCGGAAUUGAGGGGUGUUAAAUCAGGUCAUGUAGUGGUGGGGGUUAUAUCUUGAAACAGUUUAUGAAUGUUGGUGUUUUAUACGUAUGUUGUAGUAAAAGGUAGAGAAGAGAGAAGAGAGAAUAAAGAUAUGUGGAUAUUGUAACAAAUUGUGACUACAAAACCUUUCUUUAUAGAUUUAGUAAUUUAUAGUCUUGAAAAUAAUGG